AUGGUGACAUUCAGGUCUCUCAAAUCAAUACUCAGAAACUCAAACACCAUAGCUCGAACCUUCCUCAUUCCAACAACCUCAACAACACUCACUCUUCCCUUUUCUCCAUUACUGCACAACGCACUUUUCCCCCUUCCUUCUCACCACAACGGCCCUCUCUUCCUCGCUUCUCCGCCCUGGAAACUCUCUCAAUCCGCAACCCCUCUUUAUCAUCACCCUAAAGCCGUCGUUUUUCGAAGCAAGGUCAACGCCAUCAACCUCAAUUUGAUUCGAAUCACAACAAGAACCCCUUUACCACUCCACAAUCAUGUUGAUUCCGAUUCCAAUUCCAACUCCAACCAAUCUCAUCAAAACACACUUCUCUAUACUUUCCUCAAUGCGCCAAAUCUCAUAUCUAUUACUCGAUUGAUUUCGGGUCCUUUUCUUGGAUGGAUGAUAAUGAAUGAUAUGUAUACUUCAGCAAUGGUGGGGUUGGCUAUCUCUGGAGCUUCUGAUUGGCUUGAUGGGUAUGUGGCUAGGAAGAUGAAGAUUGAUUCUGUAGUAGGUUCCUACCUUGAUCCCCUUGCUGAUAAGGUUCUUAUUGGUUGUGUUGCUGUUGCAAUGGUUCAUCAAGAUUUACUGCAUCGAGGUGCAUGUAAAGAAGAAGAUCAAAUACCAAAAGUUGUGCAAUGGAUGAGUGGUAGAGCCAUCGCAUGGUACCAAUUAUGGGUGUCAGCCAACCCAUUUUCCACUUGGAGAGAUUUUACAGAGGCAAUUAUCAAACAAUUUGGGCCAUACACCGAUUCAAUGGAGAAUGAAGAAGUGGAAUCAAAGAAAGUUUCAAGAAAACAUAAUAUCCAUGGUCAAAAAAGAAUGAACAAAGAAGAGAACUCUAAUAAAAAAGGAGGGCAUGAGUUUGUUGUUUUGGAUCGCUCAAAGUUAAUAGAAAAAGUCAAGAAAGGUGAGCGAAAAGAGAAAAUUGGUGGCAUGCAACAGAGUAUUAUCAAGAAAACAAAAUUGUCUAUGAAGGAAGAACCACCGAACAAAAAUCUAACCAGUGGAGAGGAAGGGUCUGUGGCUGAGAAGAGUAAAGAAAUUUCUUGCAUGUUGGUUGUAUUUCCACUGAUGAAACUGCCAAACAAAAGUGUUGCUAUCUGUCGCACAACGACGAAAAAGAGUUUCACCACAUUCACCAUCCUUGAGAGGAAGGCCAACAAAUGCCACUGCAAUAAUUCCAAAAUGUUUGCUGGACUUGUUGGACUUGUCGUAUUCCGAGAUGCCUUCCUUGUCGGUGGUGCAGUAUAUCAAAGAGCUAGUAGCUUGGGUUGGAAGUGGAAAAGCUGGUUUGAUUUUUUUAACCUUGAUGGGACUGGUCGCCAAAAAGUUGAACCACUCUUUAUAAGCAAGGUGAAUACAGUGUUCCAGUUAGCGUUAGUUGCUGCAGCUCUUCUUCAACCCGAUUUUGGAACCCCAGAAACUCAAUUAUACAUUACUUAUCUAAGCUGGUUAGUUGCUUCAACAACAGUGGGAUCUAGUGCGGCUUAUGGUUUAAAAUAUAUGAAAAGAUCUGCAGUUGUAUUAAAGUCGACAUAG